GCACGAAGGCUGGAUCUACUGCUGCUUGCGGACAAACGGACGAGGACAACUGUUAGAACAAACACACACACACACGCCUCCAUGGAGAUUGAGAGCAUUGUGGCAAACAGCGCUCUUGUUAAAGCCAGGGAACUUGGAGGGAGUAAAGGCCGAAGCUGCAAAUGGAAAGAGAUGCUUCGCUUCCCUCACAUUAGUCAGUGUGUGGACCUGGCCAUGAACAUAGAACGAGACUACCACAGCCUGUGUGUGAAGCAGCCCAUCGGCAAGAAACUGUUUCAGCUCUUCUGUCGGAGUCGCCCUGAUCUGCAGAACUACACUUCCCUCCAGGACGCUUUGGACUCUUUUGAGACAAAGUCGGACGAGGAGAGGAGAGAUUUUGGUAUCGGCAUCAUUCAGAGAUUCCUCAUGAGUCAGUCCGCUCAGUGUGUCUCCAUUGUGCUGAGGCACAAACAGAGCUGCAUCCACGGUCUGGAGCUCGACUGCUGUGGGGACGUCUUUCGUGACUGCAGGGCGGACCUACACAAACACCUCGGCGGAGAGCCCUUCAUCCAGUACCAGGAGAGCAUGUUUUUCGACCGUUUUCUGCAGUGGAAGAUGUUAGAGAGGCAGCCCAUCACCAAGCAGACGUUCAGACAGUACAGACUACUGGGGAAAGGAGGGUUUGGAGAGGUGUGGGCAUGUCAGGCGCGAGCCACGGGAAUGAUGUACGCCUGCAAGAAGCUGGAGAAAACCCACGUGAAGAAGAGGCGAGGAGAGGCCAUGGCUCUCAACGAGAAAGAGAUACUGGAAGGGUUGGACAGUCGAUUUGUGGUGAAUCUGGCGUACGCUUAUGAGACCAAGCACACCCUCUGCAUGGUGUUGACCAUGAUGAGCGGUGGGGACUUGAAGUAUCACAUCUAUAAGAUAGGAGUACCCGGCCUGGAGAGGGACAGAGUGCGCUUCUACGCCGCGGAAGUCUGCUGCGGUCUAACGCACCUCCACCGGAAGUCAAUAUUAUAUCGGGAUCUGAAACCAGAAAACAUUCUGUUGGAUGACAAGGGACACAUCCGCAUCUCUGACCUGGGCCUGGCUGUGAGGCUGUCUGAGGGGAGUCUGUUGCGAGGCAGGGUGGGCACGCUGGGCUAUAUGGCUCCAGAGGUGAUCGGCAACGCGCAUUAUGGGCUGAGUGCAGACUGGUGGGGCCUCGGCUGUCUGAUCUACGAAAUGACUGCAGGGCAGCCCCCGUUCAGGGCCCGGGGAGAGCAUCCGAACGCCUCAGAGAUGGAGAGAAGGAUUCAGACGCAGCAGGAGGAAUUUUGUGACAAGUUUGGCAAGGCGGUGAAAGACAUCUGCUCCUCGCUGCUGACCAAGGACCCGGAACGGAGGUUGGGCUGCCAGGGCUCAACGGGGAGAGAAGUACAGUCACAUCCCUUCUUCCGAAAAAUCAACUUCAGGAUGCUGGAGGCAGGACUUGUCGAGCCUCCAUUUAAACCUGAUCCCAGACAGGUGUACUGCAGUGAUGUGCGGGACAUCGAAGAGUUCUCUACGGUGAAGGGAGUCAUCCUGGACCAAGCAGACAGCAACUUCUACUCCGAGUUCAACACAGGCAGCGUUCCUAUAAACUGGCAGAAUGAGAUGAUAGAGACGGGAUGUUUCAGGGAGCUGAAUAUUUUUGGCCCUGUUGGUUCUCGCUCCCCAGACCUGGACUGGUCCCAGACCCCCGAGAGCCCCAAACGCAGCCUGCUGGACCGAAUCCUCCGCAGACAUCAACCCCCAGAUUCGUCAGACGAAAGCAGACAGAGUUUGGUUUCCAAUGAGACCUACAUGAGGUCAGGACUACUCAGCACUGCCCUCUGAGGACCAUCACAGCACAGAGACUACUCUAGGACCCUGACAACAACCGGAAUCCAUCCACUGUAGCGGCGAAGGACAAUGGGAGCAGUUCCGUUCUUCCUUUUUCAAUCACAGCACAGCAUACAUUUCUUUGCAUUUGUAUUGUUCUGCUCUCACUCACAGCUACAUUGGCACUUGUUGCUUCAUCUGUUCUCAGGUCCAGCCGAUGUAUAAUUUAACGAUCUGUCAGUUACACACACGCAGCAACACUCAUAUCCAUCCAUUUUAAAAACAACUUAUGUCAGUAGCUUUCUGUUAAGUACUUGAAUUUUAAUACAAAUACCAUGGAAAGUGAAGCUACUUCAUAACAUUAUAAGAGAUUGCCUUUUCUGACUUUUCUCUUAUUUAAUCCUUCAAAGGAAACGACAACUGCUCACAUUUCAGUUCACACAAAAGCAAUAGCCUGUCAUGCAGGGUCAUUAGUACAUUUUAAAGCAAAAACAGACAAAAGUUUAGUGGUUCCACAUUCCCUUCUGGUUCCAAAUGUAAAUAUUUACAGAUCAUCUUAGUCUUGUAUGAUAGUAAAUUAAAUCUCUCUUUCAAUAUUUUCUGACAUUUUACAGAACAAGCGAUUCAUCGAUUUAUUGAGGAAAUAAUCGACAGAUUUAUCGAUUACUAGAAUUCCUGCCUCACAGUUCUACGCCUCCGCCAACCAGCCAAGUUGCAGUUUACAUCCAUGUCUGUCCAGACUCUUAUAAUACAUGUAGUGAAGGCUUUGAAGGAAUUUAAUGAAAGGUAUUAAGAGUAUUUUAUCGUAAUGAGCAUAUGCAUUCUUCUAGUUAUGGCCAAAAAUGUGUUCUGUGAGGUCACAGUGACCUUGACCUUUGACCGCCAAAUUCUUAUCAUUUCAUCCUUAUGUCCAAGUGAGCGUUUGUGACAAAAAAUUCCCUCGAGGCGUUCCCUCGAACGUGAUAUUCCCUGAGAUAUCACGUUCACAAGAAUGGGACGGACGGAUGGACGGACCCAAAAAUGUAAUGGCUCUGGCUGCAGCGAAGAGGCACGAGGAAAAUAACUGUUUAGAGGUUCGUUGUGGACAAGUACUGCACAUCAAUCACAUUAAUAGGCACUAGUGCUUAAAGCAAAGUGUUUGGAACCACUUUUUAAUGUCAAAUAAAUGACCCCUUUUUUGAAAUCC